AUGUUGCUUGUGAUUGACUUAUCCCUACAGCAGUUGCACAUUGUUGCUGAGGUAUGCAACAGGAAGUUGGCUAAUGAUGGAGCUGAUGUGAUGGCGCAUGCUCUGAAAUAUUUCCGAGGCCUGAUACAUGAGAGGUCGACCCGUGGUAGAUUUAUGCAGGAGUGGACACCAUUGCAUGUAUGCUGCUUGAAAGGUAAAGUCAGUGCAGCUCAGCUGCUGUUGAAGGCCGGAGCAAAGCCGUCGAUGAGGACUGGGCCUGUCUGCAUACACUCGGCAAUCCUUAAUGACAUAGCCAGUGGAAGAGUCAGGGUGGGGAAGAUCGACCCAGAUCGUGACGCUGAUGAUGGCGCGCUACCUAGAAAUCGGGGGUUCCCGCUGCUCCAUCUUGAUAUGGUCGAUGAGGGCCUCCUGCCUAUCCACUUGGCUGCAUUGGGCGGGCACUUCAAAACCGCUAUGUUGCUGUUGAAGCAAUACGGUGGCGACCCGAGUUCUGCCUCGUUGAAGCACCAAUGGACAGUCCUGCACUUUGCGGUCUGGGGUGGCAACCUGAACCUAGUGCAGGAAUUGUGUCGACUCACGAAUCGGAAGUACAAUGUCUUCUCUCGUUCGGGGCUGAUCCGACAGAGAGUAUCCGCAGCGCAGACUUCCCUGCUGGUCGAUUUUCUUGUCUUGUGGACAAUAGAAUUCGGCAAGCCGAGCGACACUACUGCGCAGAGUUUCUCGAAUUCGGAGUUCCUCCUCAAGCAACUGGCCCGGAUGGUAAAGGUCGGAGAACCAUCAUCAGUGAGGCCGAAAGUUGCUUGA